CCGCUUCUGUUGUAAGAAGAGAUCACUGGACCUUAAGUCGCGCGAGCCGAAUCCGUCUCACGGACCCGCUGUCCUAGCAUCAGGCAUGGCCAAUAUCGCUGACGACGUUGUCAACGAGCCCGGGCCGACCUUGGCCAACAAACGAGCUGGACAGGCAAAGCCAUCCGCUUCGAACGUUCAGCGUGGCCCAGUACCGGGGUCGACCAAGCCCCGCGCUGCUUCGCCAAUGGCUGCUGAUUUGAACGCGGGUGGUACCGGUAAACUUCCGCGCGCCGCUCGUCGAGAAAGCGCUGUGCCCCGCAACAACGCUCCAGUAGCACCGGCGCCUGGACCCCAUCAGGCCGAGCUCGGACAGUGCCCAGCAACUAACAAGGCGCAAGAACCCGGAGUUCCUCCGGGCCAAGACGUUGUGGAACCGCGAAAGCGCCCCGGGCCUUCCGAAUCAUCGAGCAGACGCGUGGACAAGAAGAAACGUGGACGCCGGCGGACGGUGCCACCGGCGCUGAAACAGCAGGACCGCGUCUGGUGCCUCUGCGUGAUCCUCGUGAUGCUCCUGGCCGUCAUGUUCAUGCUGAUUUUGGUCAACGUUACGCUCCACCAGACGCGCCAAGCGCGCUCCACCGCACCGGCGACACGCGCGGAAGACGGGGAAGAUUACGACCUCCCCAUGUUCUACCGCAAGGUGGCGUUCCCGUUCGUGACGUCGACCGAUGCCGACGAGUCCACGACGCUGCCAGUGACCACCGAACUCGGUCCCACCGAACCGUUUUUCAAUUCCUCGUUUUCAAUGUGACCAUAUGUCAGCUACGUCGUACAUAGUGAGAAUAUUGAAGAAAAUUUGGCUAUACCCAGUAUACCUGCUAUACCGACGUAUACCGACGUCCCCCAUAGUAUACCUAUGGGGGACGUCGGUAAUUCUUUACAAGUUCAUUAAAAUAACGAGACGAAGUUAGCACCAUUGCGAGAGAAGUGUGCGCGUGUAAAGGCAAGGCUGCAUGCUGGGUCAUGCGGGUGCCAACGUUCUGUGAAGUGGAUGCCCCGGCUAUCGGAGUAGGAGCAAUGCUACUCGCGAAAUAGGCUCAAAGAAUACGGCAAAUAUAUUUCACAAUUCCAUCAACAGACUUGUGUGCUUUCCAGAUAUCUGUCAUCUGGCAGUGUGCAAAUGCAGACCACAACAGUCAUUUUUACACUUUUACACGGAGGGCAGACAUUUUUGAUUAAAUGAAAAAAAUUCGAUUCUAAGCUAUUCUACUACUAAGCUAUUCUAAGCUUCUACGGAAGGAGGGAGUGCUGCACUGCAAUGAAGGCUGAGCUAGGAUGGCAAUCUCUUUCUGCCCGCCGCAAUAAACUGAGGUUAAAACUUUUAUAUUCGAUUUACUAUAGUAAAACUGGAAUUAAUAGGGAAAUUUACCUACGGAAACCUCAUUACAUUUCAAAACAAACUGAUCAUAGUUGCAAAACCCUCGAGUACACUGCCAAGACGAACUCGUAUGUCAACUCGUUUUUGUUCGAACAAUUAAACAGUGGAAUAGGCUGACUGAAAAGCAGG